GCGUCCACUUUGCCUUCCGAAAGAGACAUCCGGGUUCUUUCGCAUUCAAACGUCGCAGGCGCCAUGAAGGGUCGUCUGAAACCUUCUUCCCCGCGUUUCUGGCGAUCUUAAAGGCAUCCCGAGAGGCAGAUUUCCGAGAUAAUGCUUUCUGGACACCAAAAGGGCCUAGUCAGAGGGAAAAGCCUAACUUCUAUACGGAGAAGCUAACGCGCAUGCGCCAGAACCAGAAUUGGAGUGAUGGAGCCCUCGAAGGAAGGGAGGAAGAAGUUCACAGUGAAGACGCAGGACGACGAAGCAGCGCAGGUGAAGCCGCUCUUCAAGCCGUCUUCCGUAUCCAGAGACGUAGCAACCUCUGAAAGCACUGAUGCACCUGCUGGGAAAUCCUAUGCGGAUUACAUUGUGGGGCAACAAGCGGGGUCCUCUUCGGCCCCACAAGCAAAGCAAGGGACUUCCGGCAUCCCAGUAGCAAAACCCACCGCUUCUGCAAAGCCUCCUUCCUGCGAGAAGAGAAAUAUUAUUGCCAAAGGAAUAGAAGAAACCACACCCUCGAACCCGGUGCUGAAACCGGGGACGAAGCACAGCAGCAUCAUCGUCAGCCCGCGUCAGCGAGGCAACCCCGUCCUGAAGUUCAUCCGCAACGUGCCUUGGGAAUUUGGAGACAUCGUCCCGGAUUAUUUGCUGGGCCAAACCACCUGCGCCCUUUUCCUCAGCCUGCGCUACCACCACCUGAACCCCAAUUACAUCCACGAACGGCUCCGCAACCUGGGAAAGACGUAUGCGCUGCAGGUGCUUCUGCUUCAAGUUGACGUGAAAGAUCCGCACCAGGCUCUCAAGGAUCUGGCCAAGAUCUGCAUCCUUGCCAGCUGCACCUUGAUCCUGGCCUGGAGCCCCGAGGAAGCGGGACACUACCUGGAAACCUACAAGGCCUACGAACAAAAGCCGCCCGACCUCUUGAAGGAGAAAGUGGACAAGGACUACCUGUCGAGGAUGACCGACUGCUUGACCAGCGUGAAGUCCGUGAACAAGACGGACACGCUGAGCCUGCUCUCCAACUUUAAAUCUCUGGCCAAGGUUGUCCAAGCCUCGAAGGAGGACCUCUCUCUCUGCCCAGGGAUCGGGCCCCAAAAGGCCAAGAGGCUCUUCGAUGUCCUUCACGAACCGUUCCUUAAGCUUCCCAAAAGAACAGAAGUCUCCCACGAACAGGAGAGCAAAGAGUAAAACAUUUUGCAUCCAAACUCUUGGAACAUUUAUG